AUGCGUCCACGAAUACAUACGCCCUCAAAGGCGAUAGCUUCCAUCCUCCGAUGUAAAAGGACUCCCCUCCGAAGUCGACAAUAUGCCACUGCGGCAGCAGCAUUUACGCCAGCAGCCUCGCACGAGCAAAUGACCCGAGCAUCCCCACCCAUAUCUCAAUUUCCCUCAACCCAACCACCAUCCUACAAACCCCCCGAAUUCCGCAAAUCUCAACUCCUCAGAAAGUAUGCUUCGCUACUUCGCUCUACACCCCUCAUGCUCCUCUUCGAACACAACAACCUCAAAGCUGGCGAAUGGGUAGCCAUACGUCGCGAACUUGCCAUUGCCCUCCGUAAAGUCGACGCAGCCCGAGAAGCAGAAGGACAACCCCACUUGAAUCUCGCAGAUGGCGUGAAGCUCGAAAUCGUUCAAACAGGAAUCCUAGCUGCUGCCCUUCUAAUCGUCGAAUUCUAUAAGCCAGAUGCCCAGGUUCCAAAGUUAGGUCCUACGAAUCCAGCAACUCCUUCUUCUGCGACUUUGCCUAUUGUGAACGCAAAGGGUGAUGGGUUAACACAUACACUUUCGAGCGCGGCUUAUGAGGCCAUUUCGGCUAAGAAGACUAAGAAUGCUCAUGAUCUAUCGCCGUUAUUGGCGGGUCCAGUUGUUCUUUUAACGUUCCCCGGUGUCUCUCCUCAGCAUUUGAAGACAGCUUUGACGAUAUUAUCACCUAGUGCUCCAUUGUUCCCUGCUCCUAAAAAGAGGGUAAAUCCUGGAUGGCAUGACCCUACUGUUCAGAGUGGGUUACAGAAGUUAUUGUUGCUAGGAGCGAGAGUAGAAGGUAAAGUGUUUGAUGUCGAUGGCACGAAAUGGGUCGGAAGUAUCGAGGGAGGUCUGGAUGGUUUACGAGCCCAAUUGAUGGCCAUGCUUCAAGGUAUCGGUGGUGGGAUUACAAAUGUCUUGGAGGGUGCUGGAAAGAGUUUAUACCUCACCGUUGAGGGUAGAAGGAUGAUGUUAGAAGAUGAGGAAAAAGGUCCUUCCGAAGAACCUCCUAAGGAGUAA